UCGAGAGCUUGUGUAGUUUGACAGCGCAAGCAGUCCACCCCCGUCUGGUAAAGAGAGAGAGAGAAAAAAAAGGAGGAGAGAAACGGGCACAAACACUCCCAUAUUUGUUUAGCGCGACAAUCUGGAGCGCACCGAAGAUUCAAGCUCAACACCAGACAUUCCCUGCCGCGCUUCUAUAGGAAACAAAACAUGUCUUGGCUCUGUGUGGCUCACCACUGCCCCAUCAAAACGGCAGCUGAAAUUGAUGAAAGAUAUUCAGAUCAUCAGGGAGUUUUAAAAGUUAGCACACCAUCUUUGGUAUGAUACGUUUGGCGUGGAGUGUUUGGCGGAUCACGCAUUGCUUCAGACUGGAUGCUACAAGUUUGAAGUCGAAGCGCUUUUUGGAUGAGAAUACACCUGGAAAUGGGGGAUCAGCGUCAAAGGUACCCAGAAUGGAUUUAACUACUGUCCCAUUCCCCUCGCUGAACUCAUCCGCGGAUACUAAUGGCACAAGCGCGCCGAGACCCCCGCCGCAUUCACAGUGCGCGGCGGUGCUCAUCAUUCUCGUGGUUACCGUGAUCAUCUUGGUGACCAUUGUGGGGAACGUAUUAGUGGUGGUGGCCGUUUUCACCAGCCGCGCGCUGCGUGCGCCACAGAACCUCUUUCUGGUCUCUUUGGCGUCUGCUGAUAUUUUGGUGGCCACUUUGGUUAUUCCAUUCUCCCUAGCCAAUGAAGUGAUGGGCUACUGGUACUUUGGAAGCACCUGGUGUGCCUUCUACCUGGCUUUGGACGUGCUCUUCUGCACGUCAUCCAUUGUGCACCUCUGCGCCAUAAGUUUGGACCGCUACUGGUCGGUCACCAAAGCGGUCAGCUACAACCUAAAGAGAACCCCGCGGAGAAUAAAGUUCAUGAUCACGGUGGUGUGGGUCAUUUCGGCUGUGAUUUCCUUCCCACCGCUUCUCAUGACCAAACACGACGAGCUAGAGUGUUUGCUGAACAACGAGACCUGGUACAUCCUCUCCUCCUGCAUGGUAUCGUUUUUUGCGCCUGGUCUCAUCAUGAUUUUGGUGUACUGCAAGAUCUAUAGGGUGGCUAAACAGCGCGCGUCCACCGUGUUCGUGGCUAAGAACGGGAUGGAGCGACAACCAUCGCAAUCCGAGACCUGCUUCGUGCGUAAAGGCAAGUCAGAGAUGGAGAGCCCCAGCAGUCACAGCUCAGGCAGCCGAGAGCGCAAAGGCGAACUCGACGACAUCGAUCUAGAGGAGAGCAGCGUCUCCAACAAACAAAGAAACUCGCGCUUCUCCAAGAGCAGGAAAGUGGAAGGGGCACAAGCGUGUCCAAAGCAAAAUGGACGGCUGUCAUGGGCAUGUAGCCGCGCGUCGGAGCUCGAUCAGGAACCGAAUGCGCGUCAUCUGUCUUUGUCCAAGUCAAAACUGGCACAGAUGCGAGAGAAGCGCUUCACCUUCGUGCUGGCAGUAGUUAUGGGGGUGUUCGUGCUCUGCUGGUUUCCCUUUUUCUUCACGUACAGCCUUCAUGCCAUAUGCCGAGAAAGUUGCACAAUACCGGAUUCUCUAUUCAAUCUCUUUUUCUGGAUUGGUUACUGCAACAGCUCUGUGAACCCCAUCAUUUAUACCAUUUUCAAUAGAGACUUUAGGAAAGCUUUCAAAAAGAUAAUGUGUCAUCAUUCUACACGCACGUAAAUGCACACACAUAUGUAUAUGGGUCAAUGACAAAUAAAAGGGUGUCAUAGAGUGUCAAGAGGUGAUAAAGAGGGGGAAUCUUUUGAAAAUAUAAUAUAAUACACUGUAAAAAAAAAGGGGGGGGGGGGGGAUGUAACCUGCAAUUAUUACAUUAAAGUGCGAUUUCUGCCUGAUCUUACCCUUAAAUUUAGUUUUCUUGGUGUAACCUGAUAUGUGACUAUGGACCACAAAACCAGUCAUAAGUAGCACAGGUAUAUUUGUAGCAAUAGCCAAAAAUACAUCGUAAGGGUCACAAUUAUUGAUUUUUUAUGCCAAAAAUCAUUAGGAUAUUAAGUCAA